GCCCUUCUCUUUCUCUCUCUCCUCCCUCUCAAGCCCACCAAUCUCUCUCUCUCUCUCUCUCUCUCUAAAAGCUUCGCUAGCUCUCUCCGACCUAAACUCUUCCCUGGGACUCCAUACUACUUGGGUUCGAUAUAUUUUCACAAACCCAGACGUGGAAAGAGUUAGAGAGAGACAGAGAGAGAGAGAGAGGGAGGGAGAGAAGCUAGCAAAGCGACAAAAAGAAAACAAAAACGACGACCAUGGCUGCCCAGCAAACGAACGGGACCGAUCUGAAUGCGAAUCAACAACAGCCUCAGCAGGCUCAGCAGCAAUGGAGUCAGAACCAGCAGCAGCAGCAGCAAUGGAUGGCCAUGCAGUACCCGGCGGCUGCCAUGGUUAUGAUGCAGCAGCAGAUGAUGAUGUACCCUCAGCACUAUAUCCCUUACGGUCACCACCAUUAUCAACAACAACAGCAGCCUCCUCCUUAUCACCUCCCCAAGCAACACUCUCUGCCCCAUAAGCAGGACGAGAUCAGAACGAUCUGGGUUGGUGAUCUUCACCAUUGGAUGGAUGAGUCUUAUCUCCAUGGAUGCUUUGCUCACACUGGCCAGGUUUUCUCAGUGAAAGUCAUACGCAAUAAGCAAACUGGUCAGCCAGAAGGAUAUGGAUUUGUAGAGUUUUAUUCACGUGCAGCAGCUGAGAAAGUUUUACAGAGCUAUAAUGGUACUACCAUGCCAAGCACAGAGCAGCCCUUCCGUUUAAAUUGGGCAACUUUCAGUGUGGGUGAUAGGCGGACAGAGGCUGGUUCUGAUUUGUCCAUAUUUGUUGGAGAUUUGGCAGCAGAUGUGACUGAUACAAUGUUGCAGGAAACCUUUGCUACUAGAUACUCAUCUGUUAAAGCUGCCAAAGUUGUUAUUGAUUCAAAUACCGGUCGUUCAAAAGGUUAUGGUUUUGUUAGGUUUAGUGAUGAAAAUGAGAGGUCAAGGGCCAUGACUGAAAUGAAUGGGGUAUACUGUUCAAGCAGACCAAUGCGUAUAGGUGUUGCAACCCCAAAAAAGUCAUCUGGAUAUCAACAACAACAGUAUAGUUCACAAGCUGUGGUAUUGGCUGGUGGACAUAUAUCAAAUGGUGCUGUAGCCCAAGGUUCCCAAUCUGGUGGCGAGUCAAAUAAUACAACCAUCUUUGUUGGAGGGCUUGAUUCUGAUGCCACUGAUGAAGACCUGAGGCAGCCUUUUUCUCAGUUUGGUGAAGUCGUUUCUGUGAAAAUACCAGCAGGAAAAGCAUGUGGCUUUGUACAGUUUGCGGAAAGAAAGAAUGCUGAGAAUGCAAUGCAGAUGCUGAAUGGGAAAGUUAUUGGUAAGCAAUCAGUUCGUCUUUCAUGGGGUCGUACGCCAGGGAACAAGCAGUGGCGGGAUUCAAGUAACCAGUGGAAUGGAGCACAUUAUGGUGGUGGAUAUGGAUAUGGUGUGCCACAGCAUCAGGAUUUGGGUAUGCAUGCUGCUGCAGCUACAGCUGCAGUUAACGGGGCUUCUUGACAGAGAGAGUAUGGAAAUUGGCAAUGCCAUAUAAACUGAAAAUUGGCAAUGCCAUGUAAACUGAACUUACAGGAGUGGCUUUUUUUUAGAUAUAGAUAUGAAUAUCUUGAUUGAAAUAGGAUUGAUUUGGCUGCUUCUUUAUAGCUAAAUCUGUAGUUUGAUGAGUUUUGUAGCUGGAUUGAAUUGAUUUCUUCAAAUUAUGUCUCAGAUUCUGUUUGUACCUUUUUUA